AUGGAACAGGGAAGCUUAGCAAACAUACUAAGCGACAAAGUGAAGGCAACAGAGUUAGGAUGGAGAAAACGAGUUAAUAUUGUGAAAGGUUUGGCCGAUGCCUUAUCCUGCAUGCACCAUGAAUGCUCACAUGCUAUGGUUCAUAGAGACAUAUCGAGCAACAAUGUCUUAUUGGAUCCGGAAUACGAAGCUCACUUAGCUGACUUUGGCACGGCUAGAAUUUUAGUGCCUGAAUCAUCAUCUAACUGGAAUUCAUUUGCAUGCACCUUUGGAUAUUCAGCUUCAGCUUGGACCUGGAAAGGAUAUACUUCCUUCAAGAAUUUCAUUGAUUUUGUUAGGAAGGAUCUCCAGUUUGUUAUUGAUAAUUUGUCCACGGAGGUUCCUUCAACAGUUGGAGUGAAUUGA